UUUGACGAUGAAGUUAAAGUAAAGAUGAGCGGCAGAGGUAAAACCGGCGGUAAGUCGAGAGCCAAGGCCAAGACUCGAUCAUCGCGAGCCGGACUUCAGUUCCCCGUCGGCCGUGUUCACAGGCUUCUUCGUAAAGGGAACUACGCUCAGCGGGUCGGUGCCGGUGCUCCUGUGUAUUUGGCCGCUGUGCUCGAGUACCUGACCGCUGAGAUUCUCGAGUUGGCUGGAAACGCUGCCCGGGACAACAAGAAGACUCGCAUCAUUCCCCGUCAUCUCCAGCUGGCGGUGCGUAACGACGAGGAGCUGAACAAACUUAUGGGUCGAGUGACCAUCGCUCAGGGUGGAGUGUUGCCUAAUAUUCAGGCUGUGCUGCUGCCCAAGAAGACCGAGAAACCCGCCAAAACCAAGUGAACGGAUCCGUGUUUAUUUCCAUGAGACACAAAGGCUCUUUUAAGAGCCACCCACUUACUCUACUGGAGCGAUUUUCUUUAGUUUUACACAAUUAACUGGUUGUGUGUGUUCGUCAUUGAUUAUAAACCCCGUGAACGGUUUAAAUGACUCAAACGGUGCUAAGCCGUGUACACUCGAACACUACUGGAUAGCCAGAUUGAUCACAGACAUAAAUGAAGUGAAUACACCAAACCAAUGUAUAUAUCCUGUGAACCGUUCCCUAUAUAAAGAUCUGCACAUUCAUCUAACAAUUGUUUCGCGCACUCGAUCUGCUCGUGCACGUGUUAAACUCUCGGAUAGUUGACUGGGUGCAUCUGCAGACAUAUAAAUCGUUUUUUUAAUGUUCAUUAAUACCAUGUCGUGUUAUACAAAGUGUGUGUUAAAUACAUAAAGAAUUUCGAGCGGGAAACAAACGGCUGCUGCGCAUGCUUGAAACAAGAAACGCUCGUCUAUUGGCUCAGACCUCAUUAAAUAGCCAAUCACAUCUCGUACGUCAUCGCCACACUGAGCGCAUGCCCGUGCUGGGUUUAAAAGAACAGCCG